UGAUAUAGAUUUAUACUCAUCUUGAAGGUACUCUUGGCAGCUCAAUGCCCAGCCGGUACAGAUACUUCUAUGAAGAUCAAAAGUGUUUCGUUCAAUUAUCUUAAUUUUGAUAAUAUCGAUGUUAUGCAAACUAAUGGGAUCUCUUGUCCAGACAACUCAUGUAGUUAUUUUACAGUAAAUGGUGAUUUUGUGCUCACAGAUAAAGCCAGGAUUUUUAAAUUUGAUUCUAGCUUUAAUUUGAUUUGGAUGCUGAACUUUGAUGAUAACCAUAUUGCAAAGAAUUCAAUAGCUCUUCAUUCAUCUGGAUCCAGCCUAGUAAUUGCAAUGAAGUCUUCAUCUAAUUGACCACUUGUAAAAUUAGAUACUACAACCAAUUCAAUUAUUGAAGAAAUCAGAAUAGGAUCUGCCACAGAUUGUGAUUACUUGACUCUGUCAAGUGAUCACUCAAAUAUCUAUGUUUCAGGCAAGCUUUCAUCCACACCUCGUGUGUUUAAAAUUGGAUACGGAGAUUUUUCAACUACAUCCGUCACAUCAAUUCCAGUGAGUCUGAACUCUGUAUAUUCUAUUCAUUCUUAUGUGAGUUCAGGCCAAGAACUCUUGACGAUCACUGGCUCAGUCACAAGCCCUGCUCAAGCCUACAGUUUGCUUUUAGUUCAAUAUGACACUGCCACUCAGCAGUGGGCCAAAAAGAUUGGUUGUCCAACAGCUUGUGUGCUGGCCGGAACCAAUGAUGCUCUGGUUCUGGAGUCAGACAACAAAGUUAUCAGUUAUUUCUUGGACACCGAACCAAUUAUAUAUGUGAGCAACCUCGAUGAUGGGGCUCUUGUGGGGUCAUAUGUGCCUGACUUCACACAAACCAACUUAGAAAUCAGCAGUAUAGCAUACUCUACUUCGUUCAGCAAAGUUUUUGUGUUGAUGAAAUACAACAAUGGAGCAUACAAAAUUGAGUAUGAUCCCUCUACUAACUCUUUCUCUAACUCUUAUGUGAGUACUACAAUUAUGCCAGGAUGGAUACUUGAGGCUGGAGGUCACACUCUGAUAGGAUCUGGAGUACCCUCCUCGUCUUCAGUUAUUGCAAUGUCGAGAUUGGCUUCAAAUGGAAUUUAUGGGCAAAACACUGAGGUAUCUUUUGUAUCAACAAGUGGCACAUUUAUUUCAUCUACUGGUUAUUCGUACUCUGACGAUGCCACAGCUUUUAUUACCACUACUCCCUCAUCUAUCUCCAAAGGUUUCUCAAGUGUUUCCUCUUUAGUGCUAUUACCUCCUGCAGACACUAAUGACUUAAGAGGAGAGAAUGAAGUUAUCUUUCAAGGGGAAGAGUAUAUCCUUGAUACGACAGUAAAUACUACAGGAAACAUUGCAGCUUUCUUUCCAUGAUCAAUCAGUGGAACAACUACAAUUACUUCUGUUAUUGAUCCCCAUUCAAAUGGAGAACCUAAACCUGCAUGGGUAACAGUUGGAACUGACUCUUUGUCUUUUGAUUACACAGUUCCAUCAUCUGCAGGUGGUCAGACAUUUUAUUUUACUGGCAAGAGUACUGUUGAUGGAAAGGUAUACCUCAGAAAUGUUCAGAUAAACGUAGCAUCUGUUCCAGUUACUCCUCCAACCCCUGUAACUCCUAGUCCAUCCUCUACAAAUCUUCCAUUAAAUUCUUCAGAAUGUGAUAUUAAUUACUGUAGAGAAUGUAGUUCUUCUGAAUGCACUGCUUGUAUUGAUGGAUAUACUUUGACUAACAAUAAAGCAUGUGUAAAGAUAGAAGGGGUCUUAAGUUUUAACUCUUCGUUGAUAAUCACUGGGUUUACAGGAACAGUGGUAACUUCAAUUGUUGCUGGAGCUCUAUCUGGAUCAUCAUCUCAAAACAUAUGGACUUUAUUCAACCAGUUUCAAUUGUUCAUGAUGAUUCCUUUCUUGAGAGCAUUGUUGCCAUUCGAAUUUGUACAAACGCUUAAAGCUCUUGAAACAAGCAUCCUGAACAUAAAUCUUCUAGACACGAGAACUCUUCCUAUUUUUAAACAACUAAUACAAAAGAUUGACUAUAGUCACCCAUAUAAAGAGUUCAGAGAGAACGAAUAUGAAUCAGGGAGCACUCUAGUCAGCUGAUUCGAGAUUCUGAUUUAUCUUGUUGGAGCAACUCUAUUAGCUCUAAUUUUGUACCCCUUUUUAAGAAUGUUCUGUAAAUCUGAAAACAAAGGAUGCAGAUCUAAAAUUUAUAUCUAUUUUUGAAAUUUCUUCUGAUUUAAAUUUUAUUUGAGAUACUUCAUGGAAAGCUUCUUAUUUAUAUGCAUUAUUUCAGUCAGCGAGGUGUCUAGAAUCUUGGAAGCUACACAGCACUCGAUAUCAUUCAGUAUAAGUGUUGUGAUAGUUUUCUUACUGUUCUUAUUCAUGUGUCUGGUGCCGAUUCUUCUCUUUAAAGUCAAAAAUCCUCAUGAGAGCCCAUAUGUGAGAGAACUGUUCGAUGGAUUUAAAAAGCAAAAACUUGCUCAGCUCUAUAGCUUCACUUUCUUGCUGAGAAGAUUCAUUAUUGUGAUAGUUAUUGUGGCUCUCAGGUCUAGUGAUCUCAUGACCAGACUUUUCGUUUAUUUAAUUUUGCAAGUUUUAUGGCUGAUACUAGGUGUAAUUGUUAGAUAUCAUGAAGAGAAGUGUCAAAAUAUUCUAGAGAUAAUCAAUGAAGUAUCCUAUUCUACAACAAUAUUACUGACUAUAGCCUUGCAGAAAUGAGACUCAGGAGUUGUGGAAGUCCUAUUAAAUAACUCAAUUCUUGCAAACACAAUACUUGUUUUCCUAAUUAGUAUCAUAAACCUAAUUUAUCAGAUUGUGUUGACUUGCAAAUCGAAGAUGAGAGGAAAAACAGCUAUAUCUCCAGCUAAAACUAUCAUUGUUAAGGCUAAUCAGAAGCUUGACAUAACCAAGAGAAGCCCAGAGAUAAAAAAUGAUCAUGAAAGCUCUAAGAAUAGGACUGAAGAGAAUAGUCAAAACAUCAGCAAAGAUAUUGAGUUCAGUGAAGAGGACACUGAGAGAAGUUGGAGGAGAAUCCAAGUAUAUCCUCUCUUUAAUAAACUUAAGCAUAUCGACCCCCAACCCAUCCCAACCCCUACCACAUCUUACCACAACCACAUCCACCAAAAAUCCAGUUUCCACCCUUCUUUCACUACCCAUACCCCCAGAGCCCCUCCCUCCCGCAAACCCCAUGUCGCUCCAAAGCUUUCAAGCAUGACCUUGCCAGGUAUGAUGACCCCUCGCUCAGAUUACUCCUCACAGUCAUAAUCCCUCAUUCCUCUAAAGCUACAAUCUCAAAAUCUUA